CCAACAGGAGGACGAGAACCUCAGUUACCUGCGGGCGGCGUUGGAGUGGAGACGUGCGGGUGAGGCGGUGCGGAGCGAGAGCGCGGCGGGUCGUGGACUUGUCGCAAAGUACACCAAUCGAAAGGAGACCGACGGCGCGCUGUAAACCGUCCAAAGCGCGAUUAAGUGACGUUUUUCAUUGUGUUACUCCUUCCUUCUCGGCUGUCCUUCCUCCCCGCCUGCAGCCCGACAAGCCCCCCCCGAAGCUGUAAGGUGUGACAACGGUGGGCGAGACUGAACAGAGGCAUCAACAGCAGUAGCAGACAACCUGGAGGCAAGCAGUGAAGAAAACUCAGUGACAGAGUAAUUUUACAUUCACCCUUCACACACAUACACACACGCACACACACACACACACACACACACACACACACACACACACACACACACACGACACAAAAGUCAAUCUCCCACACGUGCUCCCUAGAAUGCCAGUUAUAAAUAUUCCACGAGACUUAUUUCACGUCAGGGAGCAUCAAGCGGCAGGAGAGAGCGGGACCCACAGCUCCUCCCCUCGCCCUUAUCGCCUCCUGGGACAGUAAUGACGCGGGGUAACGGAGGGUAACAGAGGCUCCGACACGGCCAGGAAGACGAGGGGGUAAAACUGCCAAGUGUGAUGGAGGAGAGUCGACUUACACAGACGGAGGUGAAAUGUGCCAAAAGAAAAAUCGUAGUGACGGUCUGAUGUGAAGCCGGAUGUGUUAAAUUACGAUAAUGGCGUCUGUUCCUGUUCCUGCCGCUGGUGCUGUUGCUUCGCUGUGAGAUUCCUCUAAGUCUUUUUCAUACUUUUUUUUUUUCUGGUCGGUUCUGACUGAAUCUCGAAGGCAGGUUUCCCUUUGAGCGUAAAAGUGACGCCUCGUGAAGCAGCUCUCGAAACACAUGAAAGUGGAAUAUAUUUAAGGUUAACUGAGCAAAUACUGUUAAACCCGUGAUAUUUUUGUACCUGGAAAAAUGCUACAAAAGUCCCUUGCAGAAUUAUAACUAUGCAGCGCGAAAUACACAUACACUGCGUGGCAUAAACGUAUGACGGCCAUAAUUCCAUGCACUUCUUUCGACAAAAACAAAUAUAAGAGCAUCCAUUUAGGGAGUUUCAAUUAAAACAUUUACAAAGCCCGUGUGCGUCGACGUGAAAUGAUACAGAGUGGACCAAAACGUUCAAAAUAACACGUUAUUAUACACAUCAAAACGACGGCGAGGGACGAAAAAAAAAUAAAAAAACCCGUAAAAAUAUGUGAGAAUAAAUUUAUAACAGUCACCAAUGGAACCAUAAAUAUUAGUGCGUGGAGCUUGUGGUGUUCCGAACCGACACUGAAUCUGAAGCAAUGAGACUCUGAAACACUUAAAAAAGCCUCAAGAAAAUCAACGAAAUACCUCAACACCAAUAAGAACAACAACCAGAAACGAACAAGGUGAAAAAAAAACCAUUGGCAAAAUACAAGAAAUUCAUUGAAACACGCUUCACUAUAUCGAAUGAGGAACAGUAAAGCCCUGAAGGAGGCGCUGCAGCUGACAUGGCGAGGGCAAGGGGAGGUGCCUAAGGGCGAGGCUCGGGAGAAGGAAGCGGUGGUGGUGGCAGUGGUAGUGGGAGUAGAUAGUGGUGGAAGUGGCGGUGGUGGUGGUGACGUCAUGGUGCCACCCCGCAAGGUCACGCUGGUGGUCCUGGUGAUCUGCCUCACGCUGACCUCUGCUGACCCCGAUCCAGACGAAAACACAACUUUCGAUUGGUCUUCCUGGUGGAGCUACGACGGGAUAUCAGGGCCUGGCUUCUGGGGCAUCAUUAACAGACGCUGGCGGCUGUGUAGCGAUGGCAAGAGGCAGUCACCUGUGGACCUUGUUACUUCGUCCAUCGUAUUUGACCACACCCUCCCUCAACUCACCCUUUCUUCCCAUAAAGUUGAUGGAACUCUGACCAACACGGGCUUCGGGCUGCGAUGGUCUGUGGGCGCGGGCAAAGUGUGGCAGGUGAGUGACGGUCCCCUCCAUUACGCCCACACACUCGCCCACGCUGUGCUGAGGUGGUCCAACGCCGCCCGCAGCACACACACCGUCGGCUCCGAACACAGCAUUCAGGGCCAGAUGUUCCCGGCUGAGAUUCAACUCUAUCUCUACAACAGCGACCUCUACGCCAACUUCACCCACGCCCUUGACAAGCCUAAUGGAAUCCUUGGCGUGGCUCUGCUCCUCAAGGUGGGAUGGCGACCCAACCCCGUGCUGAAAAUCUGGAUGGACCACAUUCACAUGGUGCCACAUCGAGGAAAAUCUACAGUGAUCCCCUUCGUGCCGAUAAGGGAACUGUUCACCUCCCCGAUGUACCUCACCUACGAAGGGUCCCUCACCGAGCCACCCUGCGAAGAGACGGUCACCUGGGUCAUCCUCAACAAGCCAGGAUACAUCACGGCAGACCAGCUGUGGCACUUGCAAUCCCUGAGGCGAGGCAACCACGGCCAGACGCUCCCCAUCACAGGAAACUUCAGACCACUCCAGCCCUUAAACACGCGGGCCAUUCGAACCAACAUACCUCCGUACUCUCUUGGUUGUUCGACUGUAAAUACAACUAGUCUAUAUCAAGCUGUUGAUCUGACAGGCAGGUGACGAGUUGGUCUUCCAGCGCCGCCCCUCCACUGCCUACGUCACGCCAGCCACACCCAGGAUGUCACUACAAUGAGGAAGUUUCCCGUCCAGACAACACAUCCCAGGAUAUCUGCCCCUCUGCCCCUGACAAGCCCCCUUCCCGCUACGUCCCAUCAAGUUGUGAAGCGCAUAGUUUGUCGUGUAACGCGCCCCCUCCUCUCCCCUCUCGUUGUCCCCUACCCUUUCCCCUCCCUCUACCCACCCAGCAAUGUCUAGUCUAAUUCUCUCUCUAAGCUGUUCGUUCAUCUUCAUUUUUCUGCGUCGUUUUCUUCCGUUUCAGCCAGGCCACUAACACCUGCCUGGGUUUCGCUAUGUAUUAAGUCAUUUUUAUUUCUCUUUCUCUUUUCCUGUUCCCAUUAGGUUUAUUUCCUCGCUUUCCACACCCCCAAACCAUCUCUCUCUCUCUCUCUCUCUCUCUCUCUUGUCUUUUUUACUUCAUAUUUCAGCAAGAAAGAAAUAUGAAAGUUACGAUUUCGUCCUAUAUAUAUUAAAGUUCCUUCCAUGUUCUGUUUCUGUUUCUCAUGCAUUAAAUUUUCGCUUAGUUCCUUCCUCAGUCUCUCUCUCUCUCUCUCUCUCUCUCUCUCUCUCUCUCUCUCUUAGCACUUUACUCCCCUUCCCUACUGUAACUGUUUCCUCCCCUGCAUCUUCCCUAUCACCGUUGGUAUAAACACAUACUGCCCACUUUCCCUUAAUCCCCAGGAGGGAGUCUCAGUCUGCCUCUCCUUCGUUCUACUUUAGGUCAGAUCUUUCCUUCUCUUUUUCCCUCACAGUCCCAUUCGUUUUAUUUCUUUUUCUCCGUCUAGAUAAGUUAUUUACUGCCCGAGAUCUUUAUCUGGUGCUUCUUUCACUCUUCCUUGUUCGUUUUCCAGUACAUUUCCUUCUUUACUUUCCUUUGGGUGACUAAAAGAAGCUGGUCACUGAUCUAUGAAUGGUGCUAAACUUGCUAAACUUCGAAUAUUUUUACUAGUGGUUACUUUUUUUUUCACAUUCAACACUUUUUAGGCAGUCACUUUCUCGUUACAGUUUCUCUAAUAACAUUGUACACUGGAGAAGACGGAAAUAACCCUCUCUUCUCUUCUCUUUCAUCUCUUUCUUUUGAUCUCUUUCAUCUUUCACUAUUUACAGCACUGUGAAUGCUAACGAAGAACGAAACACAGCCAGAGGAAAAAAAAAACCGGUUUAUUUUUCCACCUGCCAUACACUUUUCUUUUUAAACCUUCCCUUGACACCUGUGCUUCACCUGCGCCUCAAUACACUGCCGUCUUCCCUCAGGCCUGCCUCACCCUAUUCAUUCUUUCAUUCUUCUUGUCUUCCCUUCAAUUCAUCUUCCAUCAAUUUUCGAUCCAGUGAUAUGUUACUGAAAGAGUUUCCUCGCUAACCUAUAUUUUACGAGGCGUGUGUCCUCUCUCUCUCUAUUAAUUCACUUCUCCACCUGAAUGCUACACGUCAAAUUUCUCCCCUUCGAUUCUUCCUCUUCUUCUUCCUCCUCUUCCUCCUCCAUUUCAGCUCAGUGCAUCGAUGUUGUUUCCUUUCCUUGACUUUACAAUGUUAUAUUUUAUUCUUUACCUUCAAAUCUUGACAGGGUUUCUGGCAGUAAACAAUUUCUCUCUUCCUACAAUUCUUUUUUCUUCACUUCACCUGUGUACAUGACAGAACAUACACACAGUCAUACAUACACACACAAACUCUCACUCUCUCUCUCCCUCUCUCUCUCUCUCUCUCUCUCUCUCUCUCUCUCUCUCUCUCUCUCUCUCUCUCUCUCUCGUGUACUGUCCAUGUUUUAGUCUCCCUAGAGAGGUCACUGGCCCAUUGCUUACGAAAAAGAAGUAAAAAAACCUUCUUCCUUGCUCGAUAUCAAAGGUCAAAGAUCGAGUAAGGUCAGGGUCACCUAGAUCCCUCCCCUUCCCUGUACCCCUCCCCCAGUCCCAUCCUUAUGCUUCUGUACGGACGCCACAUAACAAAGAUAAUUUAGUGAU